GUUUUGUUUACAUCCGCUCCGUAAAAUUUGUGGCCGUGAUCCGGGUUUCUCGAAAAGGAAACCGCACCGACGGCAAGAUCUCCUGCAUUUAAGAUAUCAGAUAGCUCCCAAAGGGCGCCAACGGAUUGCACCGGAACACCAGAUUGCAAUCGGAACAGCAGCAUCGAGUUUGCCAAGUGAUUUGCUCAAUAUCGUGAUAUUACCGUUAAUCCCUCGCGUGUGGCUCAUAAUCUCCCAAGAAUUAACUGCACCCAGUGUACGCUAUGCCGGUGGAUCGUAAAAAUGGAUCCAACUAUCCCGUCAGGCGCUCGUAGCAGGCUGAGAGCAGCACACGGGUCGGCCGCCGACAACGUGUACAACCAGAACAUUUAAUUACAGUGCCAAACAGUGGCUAGUUUCCGGUUCCGUGUAAAGUGUCCAUCCCCCGUCCAAGAUGCCGUUUCGUGAUUGGAAAAUUGUACGUGUGCUGGCCGGAAUCGCCGUGCGAAUCUGGGCCGCCGGUGGAGCGGCACUGAUAGCGGCCACCCUGAUCUACAUUAUUUACGGUGGCUUUUUUGCCUUUCUGCUGCUUCUGUUUGCCGUCUCCGGCAUUCUUUACCAUGCGCAAGACAACCUGCUGUACCACCCGGAACUACCGGCCAAUUCGCGAAUAUUUAUACCGGUUCCAUCGAUGCACGGACUGCCGUAUGAAACGUUGCACAUCAAGACCCGCGAUGGCAUUUCGUUGCACGCCUUCUGGAUACGGCAUCCGGGUGAUAAGGGCCGCUAUGUACCGACGAUUGUGUACUUUCACGGGAAUGCCGGGAAUAUGGGGCACCGAUUGCAGAAUGCAAGCGGAUUCUACCACACGCUGCAGUGCAACGUGCUGAUGGUGGAGUAUCGCGGGUACGGGCUAUCGACGGGGACGGCGAACGAAAAAGGGUUCUUUGCCGAUGCACGCACCGUGCUGGAUCAUUUGUUUAGUAGACACGAUUUGGAUCACAGUCAGGUGAUCGUAUUCGGGCGAUCGCUCGGUGGUGCGGUGACCAUAGACUUGGCUGCCGAUGCCGUGUACGGAUCGAAGGUGAUGGGCGUGAUCGUGGAGAACACGUUCACCAGUAUCCCCGAUAUGGCGAUCGAGUUGAUCCAUCCGUGCGUCAAGUACUUGCCAGUGUUGCUGUACCGCAAUCAGUUUCUUUCGGUCGACAAAAUUCAGUUCGUUUCCGCACCGAUCCUGUUCGUUUCCGGCCUGGCCGACACACUAGUGCCUCCGAGGAUGAUGACGAUGCUGCACACGCGGUGCGGCAGCACGCGGAAACAGAUGCUACAAAUUGCGGGCGGUUCGCACAACGACACCUGGGCUGUGAGUGGGUACUACCAGGGAGUAGCCCAAUUCUUGAAGGAAUGCAAAGAAACCAAAGGACCACUGCAGACACCGCCGGUCAGCCAUAACGUGUGGCCACAAAUAGAGGAAGUAUGAAGGCCACAGGACAUCGUUUUGCCCGCGCUGGGAAAGAUAACCUCUCGGGCAAUCACGGUGUGUGCGUAAUGAUGUUGGUACAUUCUCGUUGGUUUCUCGACCGGCCGCUGUCCGGCUGAUGCGGCACCCAGCAGCUUGCCAAAUGAAGAAGAACGGAAGGGAAAAUUAAAAAAGUAAAUAAAUUAAAUGCCAGGUGGUGGAUCCAUGGUGUGCACCACAGCUAAAACACGACAGCCAACACUAGCAGCGUUCGCAUUAGCUGAGUUAGCCGCAUUUUAGCAGCAGCGCGCCGUUUGCAGCAGCAGCAGCAACAAUAACAAACAACCGCAACAAUAAACAGUUGAAACUUUAGCGUGGUAAAGAAUAUUAAAAUAAUAAA